AUGUUCUUUUCUACUUUCUUCACUUCUUAGAUGUGCUGUAGUAGCUGCAAUGAUAUCUGCUAGUAUUGUUUUUCAGUUGCAUUUAUUUAGUUGAUUAUAGUUUUCCUCCCCCUAUUUUGACUUUAUAUGUCUGAAAUUUUACUUCGAAAAGACUGUUUAGUCAUCUGUUUAAAAUCUGCAGGAGAUUCUAGCUCUAAUUUUUAGUAUGUCAUAUGCAUGAAAUUUAGUAACAUUUGGGCAUACUGAUGAACUUUAUUUAAAAAUAAUUGAUCUUUUACAAGUGUUGAUCUUACAAUACUUACAUAUUUUGAAGAUAUGGCUCGAGGCAGAGGUCGAGGUAGUGCAGGUCGUGUAGGAAAAUCCUCAGGUCGCGGUAAUUCUGCUAUUCCUCCAAAAAUGCCUACUGUUCCUAUUCCCACAACAGUUAGUCCUCAACAAGGUGGUACAAGUUCUAAUAUAGGACCUAGCAGUACACCACCCGUUCAAAUGCCAAAUCACAAUAAUAUUCCAACCAUUGUUGAAUCAUCUCCUAUUACACCUAAUGAAAGUAAUCAAAUAGGAGAGGGUGCAUCUACUCAAAGUAGCACAAUUGGUGAAGGUGAGUCCAAUAAUCGUGGGCAGCGGAGAACAGUUGUUACUCUUACUCCUACAGGUUUGGAGCCUUCUUCGACAUGCUCUACUUUCAUAGCUAAGUCUUUCAAAAAUGAACUUGAUCCCAAUGGAAUCAAUUGGAAAGGUGUCUUGCAACCUGUAAAAGAUUUUUAUUUUGGAGAAUUCAAGAAGGAAUUCUAUUGGGACUCUUCAACAAAUGAAAAUGCAGUAAAAAGACAAUGGGAGAUUAAGGCAUCACUACGAUAUAGAGAUUUUAUUUCCAAAAUAAAAAAGAAUGGAACUAAUCCCGGAUAUGUAACUGAUAUUGUGUGGAAAAAUUGGAUGAGGCUUUGGCAAGCUCCUGAGAAUGUUGCAAAGUCAGAAACAAAUAAAAAAAAUCGUCGUGGAGGAAGAGAAGUUGUUGUCGGAGCUCAUACAGGUGGAUCUAUCUCUAUUGGAGAGCAUCGUAAGAAACUUGCUAUUGAAAAGGGUCGAGACCUAACACCAAGUGAGCUCCAUUUGCACGUCCACACACAUGAUCACGAUGGAAAUUCUUUUGUUGAUGAGCGAGCAUGAAUUGUUCAUGAAAGAUAUGAAGAAAUAUUACAUGAGAAAAUUGAGUCUGAAUCUGAUAUUGAUCAACGUGACACAUAUUAUCAAGCUGCAUGUGGAGAAAACAAGAGAAGAAUAUAUGGUCUUGGAACUCAAGCAAAAAGUUACUACGGACCAAAUCUUUGUAUCUCUUCUCAAUUUGAUGCUUCAUCAUCUAUACCACCAUUUGUUUCUCAAUUUGCACCGAUGGAAAAUAUGGAUGAGUUCGUGAAGAAAUUGAUUCCUACAAUGACUGAUCACAUGAUUCCUAUAUUACUUGAGCGCAUACAAGGUGUAACUUCUUUACCAUCACAUCAAUCAGUUGAUACUCCUAUUGGUGACGCAUCAUCAGCAACACAUAUGAUGCCUAAUAAGAUAGUCAUGCCUGCACGAAGAGUUGGUAGAGGGCGUCUUCCUAGACGUUUUGUUGAUAAGCAAGAGUUACCCUGUGCACCUGGAGUGCAAGAUCAAGGGGAAGUUUCUAAUGCCUAG